CAUUAGUAGUUUUUGUCGUGUAAAAAGAUGCACAAGUAUGAUUGCGUACAUUUAUUUUUCCCUUAAUAUGUAACAAUGAAAUACAAGCAGAGUCAUAUACAUUUGCUCUUUCAAUAUAAAAACUUACUGUGGGAUUGAAUAGAACUGCUAUUCAAGGAAGCAAGUAUAUAUUUUACAUGAAUUAUUUAUUCCCAAUUGUACAUGUACUUUUUGUUGACACAGAAAUACCUCUUACAUACGUCAGGUCCUCAGUUCAGUAAUUAGUGUACUUUUCAUUCUUAAGUCUUUUUCUCCCAUUGUUUCGUUAAAACGUGAGCACUUGGUAGCGUCAAGUGUUUGCGAAGUUAUACUAUUAGUGCGGUGCACUGAUGCUGUACAGGUAGUUCCACAAUAAUAAUAAGAUAUUAAUAGGGAUAUUUAAUUUUUAAUACCUACGUUUCUGGGGUGCCGAUUAAAACAACAGUUUUUUGCCUAUUAUGCUUAAGUCGUAUAGCUGAAACCUGUGACUCAAAGGACAGGGACGGUAAGGACGGAAAACCCUACCGUGUCCGGAAAUAAUAGUGCCUCGUCUAUUUCCCCGAGGUGUUUUGUUGUGACGAUCGAAUCCAGGCCUAUUUGUCUGACCUGUGGGCUAGGGAGAGUUGUUCUGCCAGAAUCGGAGUUACACCCACCUUCCUCGGGGGCUGUGUUGAACCCAGAACUGAGACACAUCCGCAGGGGACUCAGACACACAGAUCAGCCAAAACCGCUUGCCAGUCGCUCUCUGCUGUCUUUAUUCUCCUUUCCCUCCGACUUACUUCGCCGUUCGCACCAAUUGUAUCUGGAACCGGACAAUUUGGUUAAGCUGAUAUCUCAAUUAUCCAGUCUCUAGAUGUGACUUUACACUCGUUCCUUUCUGUUGGAUUGUCAGGUAUAAACUGUCUUGCUCGGUCCGUCUCUAUAGUUUCCCGGUGGAAUUUUUUUACCGCUUUGCUGUUUUCGCAUCUAUUUACUAAGCAUAUCCUUCUGUCUGCACACAAUUUUGUAUUGUUCUCAAUCUGCUGAAUUCCAAGGUAGUUUUCAAAUAAUGGUCAGAACCAUUUAUCAGUACCACUAACGCAAAAUAACCCGCCGAUGAGUAGUGUCAGAGACUUGCAGAGAGUAAUAAAGACCAUAGUGAUUCCAUCACACAUUAAACUGAAGCUGCUCAUUAGAUACACCCUAGAGGGUAAUCUUAAGGUGUUGCUGCAGUCAUUCGGUGUAUGAACGCUGCUGCCUAAAGUCGUCCUCUUGCAGCUGUCGACGCGUAGUUUACGACUCGCGUGAAACCCUGCGUUUUGCUUUUUUCCCUUUUUUUCGGGAAAACUGACGUUUGCCAUUUAUCGUUUAGAAUUUGACAUUAAAAGUUAAAGUGCCAACUUUAAAUAUCUCUAGUGCCAAAUAACGUUAAAUUUACUCGGCAGAGUUUACCCAUGAACAAAUGUUUACAUAUGACACUUGCCCUUAAAGGUAUUUGUAAUUUCGGUUUUUCCUGUAUGUGCCAUAUUAUUAAAUUAUGAACUAUUUCUGAGAAAAGAACACAUAAAAGGGAUUUAAGGACUAAUGAUUUAAUACAGUGUUAUGUAAAGAAACACGUUUGCAGUUUCUGCAUUAUUUAACUUACGUGAAGGGUUUUGCUCGUCAUAAAUGCAUAGCCGCUUUGAAAGGAUAUAAGUGGGGGGUGAAUUAGUUUCAUCAUUAAAUCAGUCUUAAUAUAUUCAACUUUAGAGAUCACAGAAUCCAGAUGAAACUAAAGUGGUUUUACAUUAUUGACCUAAACAGAAAGAAACUGGGAGAAAUAUAAAAAAAACUUUGCUAUAAUUUACUAAGAAUAGGCUGGAAGGCUUUGACAGAAACAUUGACAUUUGAAAAAAACUUUCUUUUCCCCCCCACUUUUUUUUUUCUUUUUUUUUUUUUUUUUUUUUUUAAGAACUACGGUGGUAUUUGUGGGAAUUUUUGAGAAUUGGGCAAGACUCUUUUGCCAAAUGUGGAAAAAGUUUACAGAAUUCAGAAGUUUACACUUUUAUUUGUAGAUUUACACAUAUUUAUUGGGGACUUGAAGCUGCAGACAAGUCAUAAAUCAGGUUGUACUUUAAAAUAAGCCUUUUGUAUAGUAACUUAUUUGCAGAAUUCUUUUAUACGUUUAAACAAUGUUAGCAUUUAGAAAUAUAUGUUUAUGUACGUUGAAUGGUGUUACUAAUAAUGGUAGUCACUGAACAUAGAGCAUUCCUCAAGUUGUGAAUUGCUAGUGCAUUAUCUCAACACUGUUGUAAUUGUCUUUUAGAACCUUAGGACACUUUUUUUUUUAUUUUAUUUGAAUGAAUUGUGUAGUCUUGCUAAAGCAGUCUGUAAUUGUGAACCCUAAAAUACUGUAGUCAAAAAAAAUUAUUUUCUUUGUAAAAUUAUCUAAACAGGACUUAGGUUUAUAAACACAUAUACAUUUAUGUUGUUUUACCUUUCUGUUUCAUCCCUUCAACUUUGUAAAUGCCAUUCUGGCUGACUGCAAUAGGGCACGCACCUAUUCUUUCACAUAAAAAUAGAUAUUUAAGGUUUGGGACCAUGGCACCCACUUCCUCUUCUAGAGCACCUUCCCUGUCCCUCCUCCUUUUCCUAAUUUCCGCUGUGAUUAUCACUGCUUCAACGAGUUCCACUGAGAGACCCACGGUGAACCACAGCCCCGGAAGCACUGGUUUACUCCUUCUGACCAUCCACAGCAACAAGCGGACUGCGUCGUCUUCUGGAAGGUCAAAACCACUCGUGCAGGUCGACGAGAAUCCUCCAAAACCAUUACCGCAAAUUAUGCUACCCAGAAACAUGACCGCAGAUGCACUUAAGCCUCCUCUUGGUGCUGCCCAGGUAGCACCCCCACCUAAACGACUGGUGGACGUGGAUGUCUGUAGAGGAUACUAUGAUGUCAUGGGACAGUAUGACCUCACGUUUAACUGCUCAAAGGACAAUUUCAUAUACUGUUGUGGAACCUGCCAUUACCGUUUCUGCUGCCAACAUCGAAAUAACCGUUUGGAUCAGAAUGCCUGCAACAACUACGACUCUCCUGUGUGGGCUAACACUGCGCCUCCUGUAACCAUCCCAAUUGACCAUCGUCCUGACCCGAACCUCGACCCUCUCCGACAGCAGUCCAGCAGCACAAUGUAUGUUAUCGGAGGAGUGAUCUCCUUCACGGUAGCGGUGGCUGUCGGCAUCAAGGUGGCCUUCCACAAGGCUUCACGGCGUCCCAGGAACAGAGAAAUAAACAUGCCCAGAGCAUUGGUUGAUAUGUUACGCCACCAGUCAAGUCCUGUUCAGCAAGGGGAGAGGAACAACAGCGUGGCCCUGGGCUCUGGUGGAAAUGAGGGUACCCUUGGACGGCCGCCUAAAAAUCUCUACACUCCAGGCGUACAGAGUAAAGACAACCGCAUUGGAAAUUUGCACCACAAUUUUAUCCACCUGCCUGGUUCCAGCCCCAAGCACACCGCUACCAUUGAGCGUACACCUCGUAUGAAUAAUGCCCAGAUCGCUUCUUCAGGGACCCUUCUUUCCAGCAAGCACAACAACACCUCUAGUGCUCAUCCUUCCUUCCAUCACUCUUUACACAAUCUGGCCCAGCUGCCCCCUUCAUAUGAGGCAGCCAUGAAACCAGAACUGAACAGAUACAGCUCACUCAAACGACUCGAAAAAGAUCUGGAUGACUACUCUGGCUACUACACCACCAAACGGCGUCCCAACAACGCCCCUCCAUCAUUCCACUCUUCCCAACACCACCUCCACUGGGGUGGAGACUACACCCUAGGGGGCAGGGGCACGGGCACCCUCCCUCUACAUGCUUCUCGCCCUCGAAUACAUACACCUUCUGGCCCUCCAGCAACUCCCAACCCGUACCCAUUACAGCCCCCUCAGUCGCAAUACAACCCCAACUUCGACACACUGUCGAAACCCCCAAGACGAGUGCAGUCCCAAGAACAGUUGCUGACAGUGGGGGAAGGAAAUACAUUAUCCAAGCUUUCAAAGAACCAGCAGCACCAGUAUUACAAGGCUAUGGCAGCUGCAGCUAAGAGUUCAAACACCCAGACCCUUAAGAAAUCACAAGAGAGGCUCCUUAUGUCCCCAGAUAGACUAGAAGAAGGGGUCGGUGGUGGAGAUGGCGUGGGCGAUUUAGGAGGCGUGACCCCAACUCUGCCUCGGCUUACUCAGCAUCAAAAAGCACAGUCUCAGCAAAAUGUCUGUGCCACCGCUACGCUUGACCGACACCGACCGAUCAAGAUGAAUUCCCACCCAACAUCAGGCAGGGAGCAGGAGAGGAAUGUAGCCAAGCCCACGCAAGGGACUGGAGCAGUUGGCUGGACAGAGGUCCCCAGCGCUGGCACGGGAACCUUAGGUCAUACUUCCAGGAGGUUAGCUUUUGCAACCAAGAGGCAGAACACUAUUGAACAGCUGCAUUUCAUCCCUGGCGGUGGCGGUGGCAGUGGCAGUGGCAGCGGCGGAGGUGGUGGCGGCGGCGGAGGAGGAGGAGGAGGGAGUGCAGGAAGCAGUGGGAAUCAAGGGCUGAGGACAGGAAGUAAGAAUGAAGUGACAGUGUGAGAGAGAAAUGGAUGGAGUACAGUGGUUUGGAAUGUAGGUAGAAUAUAGUGAGAGAGAGUGGAGAUGGACCUGGAGAAAAACAAUAAUAGAAAAAAGGAGCGUGAAGUAUCAGUAUGGACAGAGAAAGACAUGGAUAGACACAAAAGCAGGCAAGUAAUGAUAGACAGUUGUUAUAAAAGUAUAGAAGGAGAACAUGAUUCUACACUUUUUAUAUUUGUAAAAUGUCAGCCAUAUAUCUUAUCAAACCUGCCAUACAUUUUGGUGCCAAGAGAAAGGAUGGAUUGACAGCAUGAAUGUAAAUGAAAUAUGAAGUUGCAUCCUGACCGAUGGACAAGGGAGCCAAAUACAGUUUUUAUUAAUGUCUGUCUUUCAUUAUAUGUUUUGGAAAUAAUUACUCUAGAGCCAUAUUAUAAAACGAAGAAAAAGGAAGACUGGAGAAAAGUGUUUUCAGUAAUGACAGUAACAAUUAGGUUGGGGAGAAGAAGAGCGUGACAACAAAAAUCAUCCAUUUCUAAGGCAAGAUACUGAAUAAAGGUCUUCACGAUGACGUAAGAGGAUUUGGAUGAAGGAUACAGUACUGUAUAUAAUUUACACUGAAGGAUAUGGUCAGAAGAGACAGUACUUGGCUUCUAUGGAGAUCUUAUUCAUCAGCUGUUCACUGGAACUGAAAGCUGCUACAAUAUCCCAUCAGUAUAGAAGGCUAAAGAGAAACAUUUUUUUUCUGACUAUAUAAGUAAAGCCUGGUGAGAAAACAAGACAAAGAAAUUAGUUCUACCACCUGUCCUUUGUGUUAAUUGGAUUUUCUAUCACUUGAUCCAGAGAGCACGGAAGCCACAGGUUUAAUGUAACACAAAAAAUGAACAUAUCUAUCAUUAGUUUCCUGGAAUGAGAUGGCUAAAAAAAAAAAAAAAAUUGGGUAUUAUAAUAUCAAAUCCAUGAACCCAUAAAGGCAUGAUCUAAAUUUGCUGAAUCUGGUGUCAGCAAACGGACAUACACGCUUCACUGCUGUAUACUGUAAUCUGUUUUAUCAUUGGCUUGAAGGACUGACUAGUGGUCAUCAGCUACAACAGGUGAAACAAGAUGACGUUGCAUAUGAAAUGGCAAUAUGAGUAACUUUGUUUCAUGAUAUUGUACACAAGCGUUACUGCAUACCUUUCUUAGCAAUUUGGUCAUAUAAGUUAUAUGAAUACAACUUGGUAAAACUGUCUUAGGAAUAGGAGGCCUGAUCCGGUAGGUCACUGUUUCAUGCAGCUUGGCAAAAUAUGUGCUUAAAGUAGAAAAAAAGCACAGAAUUGCAGUUGGAGGACAGGCCUGACUUUUUUUUUUUUUUUUCUAUGGGAAAUUAAUUUAGGAAAAAUAUAAUUGAUGCUAUGUGACAGGCUGAGCAGUGAUUGGUUCGCUGUCAGCAAAUUCAAUCCAGGGAUAUGACUGUCAUAUGACAGUGCCGCACAAUAUUAUUUGGAUUGUAAACCAUCAGCCGCUGCUUUAUUGAGAACAGGUUAAGUCGGGAGAUUGAACACAGAGAUGUCUGGCACUUUAGUGAAUCCUGUUCUGCAGCUAUAAUUCACUUCAGCCAUUCACUACACUUGGAGAGUUGUAUGAUGAACACUUAACUACGCUAAGGGCUAUUCUGAAAAUCCUGUAUGUGUGUCUGUGAUAUAUACUUUACCUGAUACUUACAUUUAUUUUGUGUUGAUAUAGAUACUAAAUGUGAGUAAUAAUGUGGGUAAUAGAGUUUCUAAAUGUAAAAACAUAGAAUAUAUUCUGCAAAACAUUUCUAGAACGGUACACCUUGGUAAAACUCUGGCAUUGCACACAGAUGUUCAGUAAUUUACAGGAGAGAGGCAUAUUUCUGUUCUGUUUUGUGAGUACAUUUUCAGCAAAAAUAUAAAUAUUUUUACUAUAGAAUGAGAACUGAAUUUUGACUAAGUGGAGACAUGGAAAUAGUUUCAGUUUGAAACAGCUGAACAGCAUAUGUAACUGGAGGAAAAUUUUAUAACCAGAAAUUACUGCCAUCUGGACAUGAAGGUUGAAUUAUGCUAGAAACUGUGUGGUCACAAAAGCCAUUUCUUACUUGUGACUGGCUGAAGACAACUUGUUUGCAGUGGGCUUCUGUUGCCUCCUUCUGGAUAAAUGAAUGGUUGAUAUACUAUGAUAUAAAUUUUCAGACAGACAAUCUUCCUAUACACUUUAUGAAAUGUCUGUGUUUGUUAUAGUCAUUAAUACAGUUAUUAUUAUUGAUUAUUAUUAUCAUUACUCUUGAUUACUGUACUUAUUAUAGUUUUUCUCUGUGGGGUUCCUCAGUGUUUUCUGGUUUUUAAAUAUUUGCCACACUGAUACAUUUUAAACUUUGUAAUUCAAACAAAAAAAUGUUAAUGCGAACAGUAGGUGAAAUUUUUAUUAACAAAUGUUCAGUGCAUCAGAUUCAUGCUGAGAACCUCUGAGUUGAAUGCAGUGAAAAUUUGUCCAAUAAAAUAUCUGGCCAAAGUUAACUGACAGAAAAAAGCUUGGUGAUGUCAAGGUGAGUGGUGAAAAUAUCACACAGCCAGUUUUUGUCUUGGUGUGUUUCUCUGUGUAUGCAUGUGAAUAAAUGGAUCCGUCUAACAUACAACAUAUAGAGUUACAAGCAUCUUGAUAAAAACUGCCUUUUUCAGGGAAAUCAUAGAAAACUAA